ACCAAUCCACUAUUGAAAAUAAACAAAAAGAAAAACCAAACCAAAUCAAGAAAAGAGAAGAGAAUCUCUCUACUUGUUUGUGUUUCAAGCUUUCAAACUUUUCUUUCCUUUGUGAUGAACUUUCCUCAUAUGAAAACCAAAACUACAUCAACAAGGUUUUUCUUUCCUUCCUCUACUUGAACUCCACAAGACCAAGGAAGGAAAAACCAAUUUAUGCAAAUUCUUAUUUCCCUCUUGUAAUUUCUUUUUCUUCCUUUCUUGAAAAAUGGUUCAAAGAAAGGUUUCAAGCAAGCUUGGUAUCCAAGUUGAACAUGUUAAAUCAGAUAAACGUUUAGCAAACAUGAAACUAUCUUCUUCUUCUUCAUCUCAUCAACACCAAGAUGGAAAAACUAAAGUUUCUGAUAUAAAGAAGAAAAUGAAGAAAUCAAAGUCAAUCAAGCUUUCUGAUCUUGAGGCUCUUCAAUCUUCACCUUCAUCGGUUCCGAGUUCGACAAAAGCAGCACCUGCCUCACCACAAAAACAGCAUCCCUUGGUGAGAACAACUCCAGAUGGUUCACCAAAUUACAUGAAGCCAACAAGCAGUUCACAUGCAAAGAAGGAACUUUUCUCUGUAAGUCUUAGAAAAACUCAAUCUGGUUCUGAUUUUAAUAGAAAAUAUUCAAGUGAUUCAAAAGCUUUAUGUAAAAAGCCUACAAAAGCUUUGAUAAGAUCAAGUAGUUUGAGUUUGGUUAGAACAUUGACAAAGACUACUAGCUUUAAGGCUUCUAGAACUUCUUGUCCUAGAAAAUCAACAAGAGCUACUUGCUCUUCAACUUUGAAAGAUUCAAGCUUUCCGUCAUACCUUAUGCUUAAUCAUGGUGGAACUGAGUUAGAAGGAACUUCAGUUAUGAAGGUUUGUUCAUAUACUUAUUGUUCUCUUAAUGGUCAUCAUCAUCAUGCUGAUUUGCCUCCUUUGAAGACUUUUAUGUCUUCGAGGAGGCGCGUCUUAAAGCGCGUGAAGCUCGAAGCUCUUAGCCCUCGUAGUCGAAGAUUGAAGGCUACUGGUGAGACAGAAAUGAAGGACUCUGAUGUUGAGAAGAGUGCCUUUGAUUCAAAACCUUCAUAUGAUGAAACUGCCAUGGAUUUCUUCAUUGAAAUCUAUGAUAAUGAGAAAAAGGAUGCAGAAUCAACAGGUGAAGAAGUAAUUGGAAAAAUCGAUUUUCUCGAAGAGGUUGAGGAUCAUGAAGAUAUCAUCAAGUCUACAAUUGAAAAUGAUGGCAUAGAAGUGGGAUUUAUGAAAGAGGUUGAAGAUCUAAAGAAAAAUGAAGAUGUAGAGGAAGAUCAACAAACUAGUUGGUCUCAUGAAGAAAUGAGUUUGGAAGAUGUUCACAAUAACACGGAUGAUUCUGAUUCAGGAUCCGAAGAUAUGCAGUGUGAUGAAGAACAAUAUUACGUAUAUGAUCAUGAAAAUUAUGCUGAUUCUUCUGUUUACACAGAUGAAGAAAAUGACUCAAAAGCUGAAUCCUUAUCUGAGAGUUCUCAUGAUGUAUCAGUUACAUGGUUAGAUGAUAUCCUUAGCUGCUACUAUGAUGACAUUAUUCUUGUUGAUGAAACACUCAAAGAAGCCAAAUCAGAAGAAAUCAUAUAUCUUGAAGAUCAACCUCAUAAUGACAUGAUCAAUUUUGUCUUUGAAGGCAAAAUUGGAAGCAACGAGACUCAAGAAAUUGGUUACUCCUAUGAUGACAUCGGUUGCGACCAAUCUUCACUGGCAAAUGAAAUAUUUGAUUACCUGACAAAUGCCGAAGAAAACGUUGACGAGACAAGCCAAGAGAACGAAGAUGAUAACAUCAAUAUAGAGGAGAAGGAUGAAAUUCAAUUAUUUGAUGUGCUUGAAGGAAGCAUCAAAGAUAUUCAAGAUCAAUGCAAAGGUAAUAAAAGAGCAAGUUGCAUAAUUGACGAAGACGAAGACACAAGAGGGAAUCGGAAAGGUGUGAUUAGGAGAAAGAGGAAUGAUGAAGAUGACGAUGAAUUGAGGAAUUUCAAUCCAAGAGAGCCGAAUUUCCUUCCAUUGGUACCUGAGAAAGAAAAGGAAAAGGUUGAUUUGAGGCAUCAAAUGAUGGAUGAAAGAAAGAAUGCAGAGGAUUGGAUGGUUGAUUGUGCACUAAGGCAAGCUGUGAACAAGCUUGCUCCUGCUAGAAAGAAGAAAGUGGCAUUGCUAGUUGAAGCCUUUGAAACUGUAAUACCAAAAUGUGAGUCACAUUUGAGAAACAGAUCAGGGUUUUCUCAUGGAAGACACAUUCAAGCUUGUAGCUGAUGGAUCCUGCCAAGGUAAAUGUCAACCCAAGAUGAAGUGUUAGUUGGCACAUGAAGCAUGGCCAAUCUCAAGGAAUGAUCUUCAUGAUCAUUUCUGAUGCCUAGAAGCAAUUAUGCAGCUUGGAGCUUUUAGGGACUUGAAACUGUUAAAUGGAAAUUGAAGCUCCAGAAAGGGAAUUUAUGGUUCCUACUUGAUAAUUAUAUAUGGCUGUGCUUUAAAAUUAUUGUUUAAUUAGUUUAAUCAUAAUUAUGUGUUUGUGUUGUUGAUGUUUGUAUUUGAUUGGUUUGAUAAAGGCUAUCCUAUCCUGGAUUGUGUUAACUUAUUAUUGUUGUUUGUACUUUGUAUCAUUGUGUGAUGUAAUCCUCAAGGAUAACUAAUUAUUAUUGUUAGUUUUAAAUGUAUUUUCACAUUAAAAAUGCAA